GCUGCAGCUGCUGCUUCUGCCCAGCGGCCUGAUGAGCCGCUGUGGGAAUGUUUGAGGGGUUGCAGGAGCGCCAGGUGUCGUUGGGUCAGCGUCAACAGGCGGCGUGGCCUUAUCUCCCCGCCGCUAAUACACAUCAUCACUGCGCGCUGCUGAGGCACCUCUGCACACGACUCUGCUCGCUCUUCCUCUGCUGAGCCGAAGACGCUGGUGGACCGAGGAAGCGCUGACCAACGAUGAAGACCGGGGCUCUCCUGCUUCUCUUUCUGCCCGCCUUCAUCGGCGUGGUGGUGCUGGCUCAGGACAGUUCUGUGGAGGAGCUCCAGGUUGAGGUUCUGGUGAAGCCUGAAACUUGCUCCACACUGUCGGCGAUGGGGGACACGCUGCAGAUCCACUACACGGGUAAAUUGAUGGACGGGCAAGUCAUCGACACGUCACUUUCUAGGGACCCUCUUGUGGUGGAGCUGGGCAAGAGGACAGUCAUUGCUGGUCUCGAACAAAGCUUGAUUGGAGUGUGCGAAGGACAAAAAAUCAAAGCCACUAUCCCAUCUCACCUCGCCUAUGGAAAGAAGGGUUAUCCUCCCACUAUCCCAGGUGACGCCGCUCUUGAGUUCGAGGUGGAGGUGAUCUCGCUUACGCAGCAGACGCCGUGGCAGAAGAUGGCCAACGACGUGUUGCCGGUGGUGUGUCUGGCUCUGGUGCCCACCCUACUUGGCUUGGUGGGAUUGUACCUCUACAACAAGGCCAAUUACCAGAGGCCCAGCAAAAAGAAGCAGAAGGACAAGAAGAGCAAGAAGAAAUGAGAACAAGUCCAAAUGAAAAUAUUUAAUUAAAAAAUGU